UCCGGUUACUUGCUUUCCUCCGCCGUUCCUCCGCAUUUAAACGUGACGGCUCGCUCCACCAUCCCUUAUUGUUAUUGUCGUAUAGCUAAAGGCGACGCUUCUUCUUCCUUCAUCGCCUAUCGGUAGAUUGUUAUAGUGCUUCUGUUACGCUCGCACGAGACUGAUGGCGGCAGAGGAGGGGUCCGGUGUACCGCCGAGCCCGCGGCCUCGGUCGCCGCCCCGGUAUCCUGACCUCUGCGGGCGCCACCGGUUGCAGGCGGAGGUCCAGCUGCUGAGCCGAGAGAUCAGCUUUCUCGAGUUGUUGGCUUUGUCAUGUGGUCCUGAGAGUGAGUUCUUAGAUGGGACAACACAGUCAUAGUUGAAUCCUUUUCAUCAGUGUGUGGGGGAUGCACGUGCAGCACAGUGGGAGCGUGGAAGUCGAUAACAAUGAGGAGUUACAGUCAGUUGAAGGACUCCAACCAGUCUCUGCAUGCUGCAAAGAAAUUGAUGACUAUGUAGGGGCAAAUCCAGAUCCCUUAAUCCCAAUAUUUAAGAAGAGAAACAAACACCGCUGCAUUUGGAGGUGGCUUCGAGCAAUGGUUUGCUGCAACCCAACAAGGACUUGCUGCUCAGGUGAUCAGUCGUGCCGGCGGAAAAGACCAAGUUGCACCUGUAAACAGAAUUGGUCCUGCCCCUCAUGUUGUGCAUGCACACAAAGAAAUUGCUGCAAGGUUCCCUGCUCCAGAUUACAGUGUGCCGUCCCAACUCUCUCGUGUCCUGGAUAUUCCUGUGGAUGUGUUUGCUCUUGCUCCUUUGGAAGAAAAGUGUGCCUUUGCCCCAGAUGUUUGUGUUGUAUCAGCUGAUGAAUAUGUGAAUAGAUUAAUUUGAUGCUCUUCUCUCAAGAUUUCUUUUACAUGGGUGUUUUUUCGCCUUUUUGGAAUAUUAAUAAUUGUUGUCAUCACAGAAUGAUGGUGUAGUAGCCAUUGUCAUUCCCAUAACAAAAAGUACUGAGUUCUUUUUGUCGCCAGAUUCA